GGCCACUACAUCAGCAGACCGCAUGUGCGUGCAUCUUCCCUGUCUAUGUAUACGUAGCAAAUACAAACCGAUUAUCUCUCCAUUACCUGUUUCGUGACGAGCGGUUGUCCGGAAGCCUCGUCUGCCACUCACUGCCCCAUCUGACGCAGCCAGUGACCCUGUUAGUUGCGGAUCAUAGUCUGGCCUGUCCACACUUGAAUCCUCCUUCCCACUUCUCCUCCGUGACAUGCACAUACACUUCUCCCCAUAAUGGCCGAGUCUACGUCUUUUGACGCGAACGCUCUCAACGGGAACACCGAGUUCCACUCGCCGCGACCGCGCAAACCCACGAGAAUCGACCUGCUCAAGCCACAACUCAGCGACGAGGCGUUUAACAAGAAUGGCACGCUCCGGGAGCCCGGCUCAGGCAUCUCUAGUGGAAGAAGCACGCCCAUACCCGCCGAUGCCCCGCCUUCCGUCCAGGCCUCCUCGUCCGCACGCAGGCAAAUACGCGCCCAGCACAAGCAGCGCAUGUUCCCUACCAUCGACUACGUGGAUCGCGUCUCUCAUUUCGACCCAAACAGCGACUACCAUGACUUCCGCGGCUUCUUCGUCCUGUUCUGGAUCGGACUCGCCAUCAUGGUCAUCACAUCGAUGCUGCGAAACAUGACCGAGACUGGAUACCCCUUUCAGAUGAGGCAGUGGGCGCUGUUCAAGGAGAAGGUUGUUGAGCUUGGCUUAGUUGACGGUGCCAUGGUGUUCAGCACCGCCUUGUCACUGCCGCUCCAGAGGUUGUUUCUCAAACAGGGGUCUCUACGCUGGAACACGUCUGGCAUAGCUAUACAGAGCAUCUUCCAGGCAAUCUGGCUCGCUUUCUGGACUACAUACCCUUUCAUUCGCGACUGGAGCUGGACCGCGCAGGUCUUCUUCACUCUGCAUCUGCUUGCGAUUUUCAUGAAAAUGCACUCUUACGCUUUCUACAACGGUCAUCUCAGCGAAACUCUACGUCGCUUGAACGAUCUUGAUACACCCGACAAGGCCAGCAAGGUAGCUGCAGUGCGCUAUCCAAGUUCAAGCACUCAUUUGCACGAGAUCCCGCAAUCGCCUUCACAGGAGGAGCCCGACCCGAAAAAGGCAAACGCAGAGUAUCUUGGCCAAUUGAGAGACGAUCUCGCAUUGGAGCUUGCCUCGCCUCUCGGUAACGUCUCAUACCCCAACAACCUCACCCUGUAUAACUUUGUCGACUUCAUUUUCUGUCCGACCUUGUGUUACGAGCUUGAGUACCCGAGGAAUACUAGCAUUCGCUGGUUGGAGGUCUUCUAUAAGACUCUCGCAGUAUUCGGAUGCAUCUUUUUGAUGGUUAUUACCGCGGAGGAGUUCAUCCUCCCAGUACUGGACGUAUCGGCUGUGCGACUCCAAAACUCCAAGGGUGCUACGGAUUUCACGUUGAUUCUUAGCGAGACUAUCGGUCGCCUACUAUUUCCGUUCAUGAUUACCUUCCUGCUAGUCUUCCUCGUCAUCUUUGAGUACAUCCUGGGCGCUUUUGCCGAGAUUACUCGCUUUGCCGACCGUCAGUUCUAUGCCGACUGGUGGAACAGCUGCGACUGGCUGGAAUUCUCGCGUGAAUGGAACAAGCCUGUUCACCAUUUUUUCCGACGACACGUCUACUCUGCGUCUAAGAACCACAUGUCGCGUCCUCUAGCUACAACAAUCACCUUCCUCAUCUCUGCGUUGGCGCACGAGCUUGUCAUGGGCUGCAUUACGCGAAAGUUUAGAGGCUAUGGUUUCGUCGCGAUGAUGCUCCAGAUGCCAAUUGUAAUGCUGCAACGGAGCAAGUGGGUUAGAGGCCGCACUCUGCUGAACAAUGUCCUCUUUUGGUGCAGCAUGAUCUUGGGGCUUAGCAUGAUGUGUGCUUUAUACGUACUUGUGUAGGUCUUGGAGGAUGUUGCUUCGGAACAACUUGAUUUGCCGCAUUGGCUAGACUUGCGAAAUACCCCUCUCUAAUUGUCCAGCACGUCUUAGAUAGAUAGAUUAUUUCUCUUACAUUGUAUCCGCAUGGUGCGUUUCAUCGAGUGCUGUGUAAAGCCAGAAUGCUAGCACACGUGAAG